UUCAAAAUUGUUUAAAUAUUAAAUUAAUACAUAUUUACGUUGAGAGAGUGUAUGUAAUAAAAAGAAGGAAAGACAAAGAGUUGAUAUCGAAUUUUUGUUUCUUGUUGUAACAAUUGUCCAAGUGAAAGACGGUUUAUAAAUCAUACGAAGCAUAUAGACAAGGGAAAAAAAGAAAAGAAAUAGUACACAUAACGAUAUUUUCAAGAUUCCAAUAAGAUAAUAAUAACAAGAAGUUUAAGUUCAAGUUGAGUGUGGCAUUUGACUUUGGUAAACGUGUUGUGUGCUACAUAAAAUAAAGAGUGAACCGUGCAUGUUGAUAUAUCUGCUUACAAAUUAAAGUAAGAGACCAAUUCUCUCUGCUUGGUGAUCAGCAUAUAUAUACACCAUACAAAUGCUUAUGCAAAAACAUCGAACUGCAGAAUGUCAUGAAAACAGAAUCGAACACACACUUAACUCACAUAACUAUUUGCGUACAAGCAGGCAGACACUGUAAAUGCAUAAAAAUUUGAUCGGUGGGCUUUAUUUGCAUAUUGAUUGAGUUCAGUCGAUUCCGUGUCGCACGAUCUGUAGUGUCAGUGACAUUGGUGGCUUUCGAAAUCAUCGCACACACACGUACAUAUACUCAACCUAAAUAAACUAAUCUAAAAAACGCGCAUCGAAAAAAAUAGAAAUCAAUCUGAAGACCAGAAGUAUUAUAAUUCGAAUUUUAAUCUUAAACAACAUACAUGUGAAAGAGAUUUUAUAACAAGCGAAGACUUAAAAGUUUCGACUUCAUUAUAUUGCACAGAAGUGGGAAAAACAGCAAAAAUGGCACAACAAAUGGAAGUUGGAGUUCAAGAUUUCGUUCUAUUAGACGAAGUCACUUUGGAGAAAUUUAUGGAAAAUCUGCAUAAACGGUUUCAAGCGGGCAAAAUAUAUACGUAUAUUGGAGAAGUAUGCGUUUCUGUGAAUCCAUACCGUCAAAUGAAUAUCUAUGGCAAUGACUAUGUCAACAAGUACAAAGGUCGUGAACUCUUUGAGAAUACUCCCCAUAUAUUUGCCGUGGCCGAUGCAGCAUAUCGAACGUUGAAGCAACGUAAUCGCGAUACAUGCAUCAUGAUAAGCGGUGAAAGUGGCGCGGGAAAAACCGAAGCCUCAAAAAUUAUUAUGAAAUAUAUAGCUGCGGUCACCAAUACGGUAGGACACAACGAAAUUGAACGAGUCAAGAACGUUCUUAUACAGAGUAAUGCGAUACUGGAAACAUUCGGAAAUGCCAAAACAAAUCGCAACGAUAACUCAAGUCGAUUCGGCAAAUAUAUGGACAUUGAGUUUGAUUUCAAAGCAGACCCCGUUGGUGGUGUCAUCACAAACUAUUUGCUAGAGAAAUCGAGAGUUAUUCAACAACAAUCUGGAGAACGGAAUUUUCACAGUUUUUAUCAGUUGUUGAGAGGAUGUUCCGAUAAUGAUUUGAAAAAAUAUCAUUUGGUUCGCGAUUAUUCAAAGUACAAUUACACCAAUCAAGGCAGCAACGAGAUUUUGUCCGAGAAUCAGGACUAUAAAGCAACGAUGAGUGCAUUCCGUACGUUGUGCUUUUCUCCCGACGAAAUCUGUUCGGUUUGGCAAAUUGUUGCGGCAAUUUUACACUUGGGAAAUAUUACUUUUGAAACCGACGAAGAAAAUAUUGUGAUUAAAAACAAAGAGGCAUUAAGACAUGUGGCCAGUUUGUUGAGAGUGACCGAAGACGAACUUAUGAAAUCACUGACACAACGCGUUAUUGCAGCCCGCGGUGAUGUCAUGCUGAAAACGCAUAAUACACAACAAGCUGAAUUCGGUCGUGAUGCAUUGGCAAAGGCAAUUUAUGAUCGUCUAUUCACAUGGAUUAUACAACGCAUAAAUAAAUCGAUUUUAGUGCCCGGGACCACCGUCCAUAAGCGUUUCAACAAAGUGAUUGGCGUACUUGAUAUUUACGGUUUCGAAGUAUUCGAUUGUAAUAGUUUUGAACAGUUUUGCAUUAAUUAUUGCAACGAAAAACUGCAACAACUAUUCAUUGAGCUUGUGUUGAAGCAGGAGCAAGAAGAAUAUACACGAGAAGGUAUAGCAUGGACAAACAUUGACUACUUUAACAAUCAAAUCAUUUGCGAAUUGGUUGAACAACCUCACAAAGGUAUAAUCUCGAUAAUGGACGAAGCAUGUUUGACGGUGGGCAAAGUAACUGACGAAACUCUGCUUGAAGCAAUGGACAAAAAAUUGGCACAUCAUCCGCAUUACACGAGUCGCCAAUUAAAACCAAUGGACAAGGAAUUGAAGCAUAAAGUCGAUUUCCGUAUAACACACUAUGCUGGUGACGUAAUUUACGAUAUUAGCGGAUUCAUUGAGAAAAACAAAGACACAUUGUAUCAAGAUUUCAAGCGAUUAUUGUUCCAUUCAAAAGAUACAAAUUUGUCAGCGAUGUGGCCAGAAGGAGCUCAAGACAUAACCAAAACAACAAAACGUCCAUUAACUGCUGGUACACUAUUCCAAAAAUCAAUGAUCACAUUGGUUGAUACGCUACAAAAUCAAGAACCAUUUUAUGUGCGCUGCAUAAAACCGAACGACAAUAAAGUUGCCACACUUUUUGAUACGGUUCGCGUUGAGCAUCAAGUACGGUAUUUGGGAUUACUAGAAAAUGUUCGUGUGCGACGUGCCGGUUUUGUUCAUCGUCAACGAUAUGAUAAAUUUUUACUACGCUAUAAAAUGAUAAGCGAGUACACAUGGCCCAAUUUCCGUGGCACACCAAAAGAGGGUGUGGAAGUUUUAAUGGAUGUACACAAUUUUAAAGACGACGUUGAAUUUGGACGCACAAAACUAUUUAUUAGAUCCCCAAAAACGCUAUUCGCUUUGGAACGCAAGCGAAACGAAAUGAUACCGGUUAUUGUGACAUUUUUACAGAAACAAGUUCGUGGUUGGAUUUGUCGUCAACAAUACAAACGUAUGGUGGCUGCUCUUGUCAUCAUGAGAUGCUAUAAUCAAUUCAAACAAAGGAAAUACAUCGAAGAAUUGGCACAGAAAUUCCGGCAUGCAAAAAAUAUGAAAGAUUAUGGAAAACAUAUUAUUUGGCUACAAGCACCGUUUGCAGCUAGAAAAGCCGAACCUGGACUCAAAAUGUUGUUCAAUAAAUGGCGUGCAUCGAUGCUUUUGAAGAAAUUCCCACGUUCGGAAUGGGCACAAUUGCGACUACAAGUGAUUGCUGCAAGUGCAUUGAAACAACGACGCAAAUUCUGGGGACAAUCACGACGAUGGGUGGGCAACUAUCUUACAAAUCCGACGGAAAAUACGAAUUAUUCACAUUACAAUGCCAGUAUCAAUAAUAUGCGAAAUGUGGAUAAUCAUUUUUCAAAAGUACUAUUUUCAGCAUUUGCAAAAAAAUUCAAUCAUCGCAACAAGAGCGCUGACAGAGCCAUUAUUUUAACCGAAACAACGAUUUACAAAUUGGACAGUUAUAAAAACAAAUUUCGAAAUAUGUCACGCACCAUCGAAAUUAAAGAUUUAUUGGGAAUCAGUGUUAGUCCAGGCAGAGACCAAUUAAUUGUAUUCCAUUCACCGAAGGAAAAUGACUUGGUUGUUGCGCUACAGGCCGAAGACAAUGCAUUGAAAGAGGACCGAAUCGGUGAAUUAAUUGCACUCGUCGCAAAACGAUACUUUGAGAUCAAUCGAGCCGAUAUUCCAGUAUUUGUUGGAUCAACAAUUUCAUGCAAACUGGGACAAAAGCCACGAUCGAUAACAAUUGAAGGUGUUACCGGAAUCGAACAACCACUUUUCAAACAUUCCGGUAGUACAAUCAUUUUCGAAGUUCCAUCGUCUUAUUGUAAUUCAAUUUAAAGUAAUGAAAAAAAAAAAAGAAAAUUGUAAAUGGUGUCACAUCUAACUAAUUCACAACGAAUUUUAUACUAUAAAAAAGUUAGUCAUUCAACUACAAUUGAAAAUACACACACAAAUUAAUCAUAUUCAGUACGUUAAUUAUGUUAUACAUUUCGAAUUAAGUUAAUGUAUAAAUCAGCAACAAUUGUAUUAAUUUAAAAGAAAAUAAAUAAAGCUAAAACAGAUGUGAAGUUAAACGUU